AUGGACACUUCAUCCAAAGAAAAUACCCAGUUUUUCUACAAAAAUUCAGUGCAACCUGUUGGAAGGCCUUCCUUUAAAACAGAAUAUUCGUCCUCAGAGGAAAAACAGCCAUGCUGUGGUGAACUAAAGGUGUUCUUGGGUGCCUUGUCUUUCGUUUACUUUGCCAAAGCAUUGGCAGGAGGCUACCUGAAGAGCACCAUCACUCAGAUAGAGAGAAGGUUUGAUAUCCCUUCUUCACUGGUGGGAGUUAUUGAUGGUAGCUUUGAAAUUGGAAAUCUCUUAGUUAUAACAUUUGUUAGCUACUUUGGAGCCAAACUUCACAGGCCAAAAAUAAUUGGAGCAGGGUGCCUAAUCAUGGGAGUUGGAACAUUGCUCAUUGCGAUGCCUCAGUUCUUCAUGGAGCAGUACAGAUAUGAGAGGUAUUCUCCUUUCUCCAAUUCUACUCUCAGCAGCUCUCCAUGUCUCCUAGAGUCAAGCAAUCAGUUACCAAUCUCAGUUAUGGAAAAAUCACAAUCCAAAAUAAGUAAUGAAUGUGAAAUUGAUGCCAGCUCCUCCAUGUGGGUUUAUGUUUUCCUGGGAAAUCUUCUUCGUGGAAUAGGAGAAACCCCCAUUCAGCCCUUAGGCAUCGCCUACCUGGAUGAUUUUGCCAGUGAAGACAGUGCAGCUUUCUAUAUUGGGUGUGUGCAGACAGUUGCGAUUAUAGGACCAAUCUUUGGCUUCCUGUUGGGCUCAUUAUGUGCCAAACUGUAUGUUGACAUUGGCUUUGUAAACCUAGAUCAUAUAACCAUUACCCCAAAGGACGCCCAGUGGGUAGGUGCCUGGUGGCUUGGAUAUCUAAUAGCAGGGAUCGUUAGUCUUCUUGCAGCCGUGCCUUUCUGGUGUUUACCAAAGAGUCUACCAAGACCCCAAAGUAGAGAGGAUUCUAAUUCUUCCUCUGAAAAAUCCAAGUUUAUUACAGAUGAUCACACAGACUACCAAACACCGCAUGGAGAAAAAGCAAAAAUGAUGGAAAUGGCAAGAGAUUUUCUCCCUUCAUUGAAGAAUCUUUUUGGAAAUCCAGUGUACUUCUUAUAUUUGUGUGCAAGCACCGUUCAGUUUAAUUCUUUAUUUGGCAUGGUGACAUAUAAACCAAAGUACAUUGAGCAACAGUACGGGCAGUCGUCGUCCCAGGCCAACUUCGUUAUCGGGCUCAUCAAUGUACCUGCAGUGGCCCUUGGCAUAUUCUCUGGGGGGAUAGUUAUGAAAAAAUUCAGAAUCAGUGUGUGUGGAGCUGCAAAACUCUGCUUGGGAUCAUCUGUCCUUGGUUACCUCCUAUUCCUUUCCCUGUUUGCACUGGGCUGUGAAAAUUCUGAUGUGGCGGGACUCACUGUUUCCUACCAAGGAACCAAACCUGUCUCUUCUUAUGAACGAGCUCUCUUUUCAGAUUGCAACUCAAGAUGCAAAUGUUCAGAGACAACAUGGGAACCCAUGUGUGGUGACAACGGAAUCACAUAUGCAUCAGCUUGUCUUGCUGGUUGUCAAACCUCCAACAGGAGUGGAAAAAAUAUUAUAUUUCAUAACUGCACCUGUGUGGAAAUGGCAGCUUCUCCAUCAGGAAAUUCUUCAGGCGUAGUGGGCAGAUGUCAAAAAGAUAAUGGAUGUCCCAAAAUGUUUCUGUAUUUCCUUAUAAUUUCAGUCAUCACAUCCUAUACUUUAUCCCUAGGUGGCAUACCUGGAUACAUAUUACUUCUGAGGUGCAUUAAACCACAGCUUAAGUCCUUUGCCCUGGGUAUCUACACCUUAGCAGUAAGAGUUUUGGCAGGAAUCCCAGCUCCAGUAUAUUUUGGAGUUUUGAUUGACACUUCAUGCAUAAAAUGGGGAUUUAAAAGAUGUGGAAGUAGAGGCUCCUGCAGAUUAUAUGAUUCCAAUGCUUUCAGACACAUAUAUCUGGGACUAACUAUGAUACUAGGCAUAGUGUCCAUUUUCCUAAGCAUGGCAGUACUUUUCAUUUUAAAGAAAAAUUAUGUUUCAAAACAUAGAAGCUUCAUAACCAAGAGAGAACGAACCAUGGUGUCUACAAGACUCAGGAAGGAAAACUGUACUGCAAGUGAUCAUUUGCUACUACAACCCAGCUGCUGGCCAGGCAAGGAAACACAACUUUAG